AUCAAAUAUCUAUACUUGUAUUAAACAGUCACAGAAUACAUUCUCAUAUUUGGAUUAUGUAAAAAAUCAGAUUUAUGCAGUGAUUUAAGAUUUAUAUACUGUUUCAUAAAAUAUUUAUCAUUUGAUAAAUGAUCAGUGGAAUAAUUUUAUUUAUUUUUUCAUAAUUAACAAUUGUUUUGAUUAUAGUUGGAAAAGGUCUUAUCCACAUUAAAUAAUAAUAUAUAACUUAAGCUGUUGAAUAUAGAUUAAAUAUGGCGAGCACUUCUUCUGACCAAAGUACAAUUGCCAAAAAAACAUGGGAAAUGUCAAAUAAUAUUGAAACAAUUAGCACUGUUGAUGAAAUUUAUAGGUAUGAUCGUAAAGAACAACAAGAUAUAUUAGCUGCAAAACCAUGGGAAAAGGAUCCUCAUUUUUUCAAAGAUAUAAAAAUCUCUGCAUUAGCAUUAUUAAAAAUGGUUAUGCAUGCUCGUUCUGGAGGAACUUUAGAAGUAAUGGGUCUUUUGCUUGGAAAAGUUGCAGCAAAUACAAUGAUCGUUAUGGAUUCUUUUGCAUUACCUGUAGAAGGCACAGAAACAAGAGUUAACGCUCAGGCACAGGCUUAUGAGUAUAUGACAGCAUAUAUAGAAGCAGCUAAACAAGUUGGAAGACAAGAAAAUGCUAUUGGAUGGUACCAUAGUCAUCCUGGCUAUGGAUGUUGGUUAUCGGGUAUUGAUGUAUCUACACAAAUGCUCAAUCAAAAUUUUCAGGAACCAUUUGUUGCUAUUGUAAUUGAUCCUGUGAGAACAAUAUCUGCUGGCAAAGUUUGUUUGGGUGCAUUUAGAACAUAUCCAAAGGGAUAUAAACCAGCAAAUGAAGAACCAUCUGAGUAUCAAACAAUACCAUUAAAUAAGAUUGAAGAUUUUGGAGUUCACUGCAAACAAUAUUAUUCUUUGGAAGUUUCUUAUUUUAAAUCAUCAUUAGAUAGAAGAUUACUAGAUUCUUUGUGGAAUAAAUACUGGGUGAAUACUUUAAGUUCCUCUAGUCUUCUAACAAAUGCUGAUUACACUACUGGGCAAAUAUUUGAUUUAUCGGAUAAACUUGAGCAGUCAGAGGUUGCACUUGGAAGAGGAUUUAUUUUGGGUGGAACGGAUCCUCAUGAUCGCAGUACUGUAGAAAAAUUAAUGAAAGCAACAAGAGACAGUUGUAAGACUACUAUUGAAAUUAUUCAUGGAUUAAUGGCACAAAUAAUCAAGGACAGAUUAUUUAAUCAAGUUGGGUGUAAUCCUAUUGAAACUCAGCAACAGUAAAACAUAUAUAUAACGUGUAAUAAUUACAAUAAAAAGAAUGAUUAUAAUCUA